CUUCUCUUUUCAAUGGAAAGCUUAACAUACUUGGACAAAUAUCAGAAAACCAACCAUGGAGUACUCUACUGAAGAAUUCUUAAAACUCAUGACUACCAACUUUGAAUCUGCAUACCAUCUGUGUCAACUUGCAUAUCCUCUUCUGAAAGCAUCUGGAGUGGGAAAUAUUGUGUUCAUUUCCUCUGUUGCAGGGCUGACCCAUCUAUGUAAUAUGUCCAUUUAUGGAGCAAGUAAAGCUGCAAUGAAUCAACUUGCAAAGAGUUUGGCUUGUGAGUGGGCAAAGGAUAAUAUCAGGUCCAAUUGUGUUGCUCCUUGGUAUAUCAGAAGCUCACUUGUAGAACAUUUGCUUGAAAAUGAACGAUACUUGGAAAAUAUAAUAUCGCGAACACCUCUUGAACGCGUUGGAGAAGCAGAAGAAGUAUCAUCUCUUGUGGCAUUCCUUUGCCUUCCAGCUGCUUCAUAUAUCACCGGACAGGUUAUUUCUGUUGAUGGAGGAUUCACAGUGAAUGGCUUUAAUCCUAACAUGAGACUUGAUUUUUCUCCUGAGGAUUAAAUGUUACUAGAUUUCGAUCUUCAUUUUUUUUUUUUAAUGGAAGAAUAAAUUUAGGUUGAGCAAGAAAGACAAACUCGGUGUCUCUACCUUCUGCAUUUCUUAUUACGCAUAAUAAUCCUUUGUACUUUUAAAAGCUCUGAGUUCAUUUCAUGUGUUUUGUGGUAUGUAUUACCUUAGUACAAUAUGCAUACAAGUCAUUGUUAAAAAAAAAAAAAAAAUUUA